CUCGACAUUGAAGUGCUGGAACUAGUGAUCAACAUGGUGAAGUUUGAAGGAGAUUUCAGUAUAAAUGCGAUACUUAUGAACCACGCGGCUAACAAGUCGCCGCCGUCCCCGGCUCCCUCUUCGACCGACGCUGCUCCGUCGGAGGCGGACCUCAGCGAUUCCGAACUGGAUGUAACGGGCACCGAACCCGUCGACUGCACCAAACCCAAGGACAGCGAUAGCGAUGACAAGAAGGAUAAGAAACAUGAGAAGCCCGCGUACAGCUACAACGCCCUCAUCAUGAUGGCCAUCCGCAACAGCCCCGAGAAGAGGCUCACGCUCAACGGUAUCUACGAGUACAUCAUGACCAACUUUCCGUACUACAGGGAGAACAGGCAGGGCUGGCAGAACUCCAUCCGACACAACCUCAGCUUGAACAAGUGCUUUGUGAAAGUGCCGCGACACUACGACGACCCCGGCAAGGGCAACUACUGGAUGUUGGACGCAUCGGCGGAGGACGUGUUCAUCGGCGGCACGACGGGUAAGCUGCGCCGGCGAUCCGCGCUUAACGGCCGCUCGCGCCUUGCCUGCUUCAAAAGGCCUCUGUUCCCCGGAGGACCCCUUCCAGGAGCAUACCCUCCUGCGACGUACUCACAACUUGUCGGUCUGUACUCGCAACUGCUGUAUCAGAGAUAUGCGCCGAUGCAAAUGAAAACUCCUCCCGUUACUCCUAGUGCUGUGCAUCCAGCUUUCCGUGGCGCCGAAGCUAUGGGUUACGGGGGAUUGCCUUACUCGCCGGCUCUGUACGCGGCGGAGCGCAUGCCGUCGGGGCCGUACUUGGGCCAGUCGCCGCUCCUACAAAACUCGCCUAUCGCACAUCAGACGUCGGCGAUGUUCUCUCAAAUGUCACCAGUUCUUCCCCCGUCGCCACAUUCUCCACCAACAUCGGGCGCGUCGAGCCCCGAGCUGCCGGCACCGCCGUCGCACCACCCGCUCACGCCGCACAUCUACAAGCCAGUAACGGUGUUGACGCGGCAGUGAUUGCGACCUGGGGACAAUCUCAUAGAAGCUGAGCCAAAUACUCAGAGAAGCGCUCGAGACGACUUUCCUUAUCUGUGAUGUAGUUUUAGUUAGUGUACCAAAUGGACCAGUGGCGGCACUCGAGGUAAUCUCAAAUUAGUUUUAGCUGUACGCAUAAGCACUGUUCGCAUCGCAAUACUAGCACGAUCGUUGUACCUCACGUAGCAUUCCGCUAUCGUUUGUAUUGUAAGAAUAGUUUAAUCUGAUGUAAAUAAAUCCAAAGUGUACGUACAUAUAUUUAUUAGCUCUAGGUUUAAGAUAGAGAGAACUAUAAUGAAUGAAUGAUGAAUAAAACAAGAUAUUGUU